AUGUCGAAGUCAAAUUUGAGUAGUACCAGUACAUCUUCGGAUACUGAGUAUUCAGCUGAGAAACUUACAGAGGUAGACACCAGUAUCAGGCUACCAAAGACAUGGAUCAGAGAGAUAUUUCUGGUUAUUAUCCUGAUUUCGUCGCAGUUAGUAACACUUAUAGGAGCUGUGCAGGGUGUUCCCAUAGCGGCUUACCUGAGAGAAAGAUACAGAAUCGAGCCUGCUAAGGGUGGUCUUGUUGGUUGGGCAAAUGCGAGUUACAUGCUUGGUUCUGCUGUUAUGGUCUUGAUUGCUGGUAAAUUAGGAGAUUUGAACGGGCAUAAACGGAUGGUAGUUUUCGGUUGGAUUUGGCUAACAAUAUGGUCUUUGAUAACAGGCUUUAGUUACUAUGAUAGAGGUAAUCAGGCUUUCUAUUACACCGCUAGAGCCUUGCAAGGUAUUGGCUCAGGAUUUAUAGUGCCUAACUCUUUAGCCAUCAUGGGUAGAACAUACUUCGAGCCAGGUUUAAAGAAAACUAUUAUAUUCUCCAUUUUUGGUAUGAUGACGUCUACAGGAUUUGUUAUUGGUACAACAUUUUCAAGUCUUUUUGCCCAAUUAACUAAAUGGGCUUGGAACUACUGGGCGUUGGCUUGUGUUUGUGUGCUGUAUACCGUAGGAGCCAUAUUAUUCAUUCCCCCAGAUAAUAUUGUUCACAAACCAAAUUCAAAACCACUCUACAAGAGAUUCGAUUAUCUGGGAGCUAUUACAGGUGUAUCAGGUUUGGUUUUGUUUGACGUUGCAUUUACACAAGCAUCUGCACUUGGGUGGUCACCACCACAUACUUAUAUUACUCUUAUUAUCGGAGUAAUCUUAAUACUUAUUGCAAUGUUUGUCGAUUGGAGGGUCGAUGAUCCGCUGGUACCGCUCCAGCAUUUGAGAGCCGAUGUUGUUGUAAUUCUAAUCUGUGUCUAUUUUGGAUUUUUAAGUUUCGUUAUAUGGGCAAAUUGGUUUUGGCAGUUCUAUGAACUUGUACAUAAUGAUAGUCCAUUGAGAAUUGCAGCAAAAUUGGUUCCUUUGGCAAUAGGAAGUAUACCUGCAGCAAUAUUUACAGUAACGUGUCUGCAGCUUAAUAUUAAAGCACCCACUAUGAUGGUCAUAUCAAUGGUUUGCUUUCUUGUGCCCAAUAUUUUGAUGGCCACAGUGACUCCAAAUACAACAUAUUGGGCACAGCCUUUUGUUUCCUCAAUAAUAGCUCCGUUUGCAGUAGAUAUUACAGUGCCUACAGCUACUUUGCUAUUCUCUGACUCUGUAAGAAAAGAAUCACAAGGUAUAGCUGCAUCACUGAUUAUCACUGUUAUUUCAUAUGCCAUUUCUAUUGGUCCAAGUUAUACAGCCAUGGUUAUGUGGUAUGUGGCCCCACUGGGUAACGAUUCUACUCCGGGAGGAUUUACGCAUAGUUUACAUUCUAAUUUUAUAUGUGGUAUUGUUCUGAGUGGCAUAGGUCUAGUAACUGCAGUAAUAGCUGGUCUAAUCGACUACAAAAUUACUAGAACGCACUGUGGGGAUAUUCCACCACCGUUAUCUAAGAUUGGAAGAAAGAGUAAAAAAUGA